CCCCCACCCCCAGAAGCCGCAGCCUCCGGCCCAGCCUCCCUCCAGCCCCGGCGCUGCUGCAGGCAGCCAUGGCUGCGGAUGGGGUGGACGAACGCUCGCCUCUGCUGUCAGCAUCCCAUUCGGGAAAUGUCACUCCCACCGCCCCGCCGUACUUGCAAGAAAGCAGCCCCCGAGCGGAACUCCCACCUCCAUAUACAGCCAUCGCCAGUCCAGAUGCCAGUGGUAUUCCAGUAAUCAACUGCCGUGUGUGCCAAUCACUAAUCAAUUUGGACGGCAAGCUUCACCAGCAUGUGGUUAAGUGCACAGUUUGCAAUGAAGCUACGCCAAUCAAAAACCCCCCAACAGGGAAGAAAUAUGUUAGAUGCCCUUGUAAUUGUCUCCUCAUAUGUAAGGACACAUCUCGGCGAAUAGGAUGUCCACGACCUAACUGUAGACGCAUAAUUAACCUUGGCCCAGUAAUGCUUAUUUCUGAAGAACAACCAGCUCAACCUGCAUUGCCAAUCCAACCAGAAGGUACAAGAGUUGUAUGUGGCCACUGUGGAAACACAUUCCUUUGGAUGGAACUGAGGUUCAACACUCUGGCAAAAUGCCCACACUGCAAAAAAAUCUCUUCCGUGGGUAGUGCACUUCCUCGAAGACGCUGCUGUGCAUAUAUUACUAUCGGAAUGAUCUGUAUUUUCAUUGGCGUAGGACUAACUGUUGGCACCCAAGACUUUGCAAGGCGAUUUCAUGCAACCUAUGUUUCUUGGGCAAUUGCAUAUCUCUUAGGUUUGAUCUGCCUUAUCCGAGCUUGUUACUGGGGAGCCAUAAGAGUGAGUUAUCCAGAACAUAGUUUUGCAUAGGUUGGCUUCUGAUUCAGUGAUGCAGGUGAGAAUGACUCUCAGUCCUUGAUAAGUGACUCUAGACAUGUUUAAAUUAUUUAUCUUAAGGGAUUCCAUCUUGGUUUAUGUAUACUAGUUUCAACACUUGGAGAGUCUUUUCUGGACAAAUGCUCAUUGCACUACAUUAUAUGCAAUUUGUUUUGCUGCUAGGUUUUCAAACUCAGAAAAAUAAAGUUGUGUUUUUAUGUUCUUUUAAUCCAUUAAAGAUAUUUUCAGAUAUGUCACUAAACACCCAGUAUAUUACCCCUUUGUUAUGUGUCUCAAUCAUUAUUCCAUUACUUGCCAAUAUGUGACUAUUCCCAAGAUGUAUUUGUAAAUGUUUCUACAAUAGUUUCACAUUUAUAAUUAUGUUUUAAUUAAGCAGUAUUAACAUUGCUUGCUUUUAAAAUAAAGCAAUAUGCAUUUUUUGCCUGAACUGCUUAUAGCAAUUUUAACCUAAGAUUAUAAUGACCUCAUUCAGGAAAAAAAAUUGAGUGUACUUUCAAAAACUUGGCAUUCUUGUCAGAGAACCAUUUCUAGAUACUGUAUGCUUGUUUUGUGUUGUUUGUAGAAAGAUAAAAUAUUUUGGUAGUAAUGUAAAAUACAAGAAUGAAAAAUAUUUAUUUGUCCAGAGAGAUGUUGGAUAAAAUGUCUUUUUUCAAAGUUCACAGGCUUUUUUUGCCUUUCAUUUUUUUUGUUUUUUUAUUUACCAAUUGUAAAACAUGUAGUCUGGAUUUGUUGAGUUUAAUGUUAAUGGGUUGUAUGUAUUCCUUUAUAGAGACUGGUGGAAGUAUUUCACAUAACACAUUUUAUAAUACUUAACCACUUAAUUAAAGAUAUAUUACAUUGGG